UCUUGUACGCCGACCCGUUGUGAAUGAAUAAUAACUAGCAGAACGGGCCAGGCGCUUUGAGCUUAGACGGGGGACGCCCUGGACGCCGCGGCGGUCGAUGCCACCAUUUGCCGCCGCGGCGCUCGUGUCGCCUGAAAAUAAGCUCGCCCAAAUGCUCGCCUCUGCAGUAGCCCGGCAUCCGCCGCCGCACUAAGGAUUAUACCUUGUAGUGUUAACCGAGGACACAGGGAGACAGUGAGGAGAAGGAAAGGGAGAAGGACAAGGCGAGAGAGAGAGAGAGAGAGAGAGAGAGAGAGAGAGAGAGAGAGAGAACGAAACAGAGAAAGCCAAAGAAGAGAAGAAAGAAAGGAAGAACCCGAAACGUCCUUACAGUCAGUUCAGCGAGGUUUGUGCUGGACGAGAGCUGGAUAAUAAUAUAAGAGUAUUAAGGAGUGAGAGAGACCUUAGGGAAAUAAAUAGUCAAAGAAGACAGGUGAGGGGUGCCCUGACGCUUGGCGAUCGAGAGAGGAAGAAUCGAAAGGACACGAGAGGAAAGGAUCGAAGGAAGAAAUGAAAGAGAACGAAGGGAGAGGGAAGGACGAGAUGUCCUGAGGAAAAAUAUAUUAGGAAAGAAAAGUGGGUGUCGUCGUGGGACAAAUGUGCAGGGUGUACAGUGUCAGAGACAGUGCUUUCUGAGGGAGCCCAGAGAGAAAAGGGGAAGGACGUGGAGAAAUAAAGGGGAAUCAGGAGUGAGAGGAGGAGGAUGCGGGGCCAGAGGAAGGGGGCGAGAAGCCCCAAUCGUUUCUCUUUAUAGGGGGUAGAUCAUUAUCAACGUUCCCUCCAAUAUAUUUUUUUAACCUGGUCCAACCAAACGACUUUCCGGGAAGGUUCGUCCAGAUCGUGAGGGAAAGUCAAAAUGUCAUAGUGCGAACAGCGUCGAACCUCGAGGAAGACGUCGAGCGAUCUUAGAGACCUCCUGGAGCCCCGGAGGCUUCGCUGUUCUACCGCGAAGGCAAAGGUGGAAAAACGGUGCGUCGAUGGCUCUGAAUUUUUCAUAAGACAGACCCUCUUACGCUAUAGCACUUUCUUCGUCGACUCUUGGCGUGCCGGAAAUAUCGGUGGCUCCUACUCGCGAUAUCAAUGUGGUCGAUGAGACCUCAUCGAGGCUCAAGUUCCGGGUUCGGUCUUCCUUGUGCCAAGACACACGCGUUUGCUAUUGUCUCGGUGUGUUUGCGUGGAGGAAGGUCCCACCGGCCAAUCAGUCUGAUCCAAUAAAGCAAAGCGGCCGUUUACUAGGGAAUUAACGUGGUCGGCCGGUGCUGAUCCUUAAACACGAUAUAUCACGUCCUGCGACGUCUCCUUUGAAUUCGCCGACGGUAAAAUCGAAAUGAUUAGGCUGACGCGAGAAUGAACCUCGGGCGAAAUCGCGCGGGGUUCACAAUGAGGGUCGGCGCGCACGGCCGCGCCAAUUGCGGCAUCACUUUCCGGAAGGAAGUUUCUUUAGUACGAAAAUCAGUGAUAAACGACCAUUGAGAUGCGCUGGGAAAAUUUACAUUUCUUUCCCCUUUGCCUUGGCUGAAAGGAACUUUGGACUAUUUGACGAAUCGGUGAUUAACGUCAGCUUGUGUCUCUUUUACAAAGUACUUUUUUUUUCUCCAAUUCACGUAAUACGAUCGCGACGAGAUCUUCCUGCGAAAGUGGUUGGGUUGCCGAAGAAGCGGACAGACGAGAAGGAAAAGGUGGGCAAUGAAAAGUACAAACGGAUUUCCUAAGAGAAACAUUCGUAGAUCGCUCGACUCUUGGACGUGUUACGUCACGAGAAGUAACGUCCGCUAAGGAUCAUUAGACGCAGCACUGCCGGGGUUCUCCAAGAUGGCGGACGAGAAAGAGAAGCAAACAUUCCUGCAGAAGCUACUGUUCUACACAACCGCCUUCUUCAUCCUCCUUGGCACCUUCAGCCUCUUCGCCUUCCUCUUCUUGGUCCCCUUCGUCAUCGAUCCCGCCUUCACCACAAUCUUCAUGCAGUUCGAUACGCGUCCGGCAGAAUGCGUCACCAUCGACGUUGAGUCCAGGAGAGGUGCAAGCAACUGCUCCUGGACAUCGUGUAGAGAAGGGUGCACCAAGGAACUGUAUGAUUGCACGCAAAUACGCGUCAACUACAAGCUUCCGGUGAACACGUCGGAAGCGGAAGAGGACGGGACAGGCGAGGAGGGCAGAGCGGGAGGAGGUGUUGAGGGCGACGAAGAUGCGAAAUCGCGAUACGAGAGAGCCCUCAGGGAGUACGACUACGCGGAGGACAUCGACGAUGUCUUCGACGAGGACGGAGACUCUGGACUACCAAAACCCUUCCCUACAGGUCUGAUGGGCAAUGACUCCGAGUGGUACUUCACCGGCGCGAAGCUAUUUCCCAACGUAAAAGGCUGUGGAUACCCUCCAAUGCUGAAUUGCAGUAAUUUCUACAGGCAAUACGCCAAUAUAGGGCAAAAUUUUAGCUGUUACUAUUCUAAAGUGGAUCCUGGAAUCGUCAUAAGCGACUUGGACAUGUGGCAGGUCAAAAUCGUAGGUGCACAUGAACCUCGUCUACGCGAUGGCCAUUCCCAUACCGUCUUUCAUAAUAUCGGUGAUAUACCUCACCAUCGCCUACUUCAAGAUUUACAACGAAGAGGAGGAGGAGCUCGUGGGUGGCGAAGAGGGCGAGGAGGGCGUCGAGGCCGAAGACAGUAACGCGACGCCGCUUCCCCCCACGAGCGGCGCUUUAACUCCCGGAAGCGAAGUCUUCAGGGAGGACCUCGCCAGUUUCGGUCAUCAGCUCAAAGUCGCCAUGGCGGAUGACAUCAGUCGAGAGAGCCUCGACGGAAUUCCGAAUUCGC